AUGCUCAACGAAUUGAACGAAGCAGGGAAGAGAAUAGGACUGCGAAUAAACAGAAAGAAGACACAGUUCAUGAAGAGCGCUUACUGCGAGGACGGAGGAGUACAACUUGAUGGCUCAAAAAUCGUGGAAACUUCGUCAUACGUAUACCUUGGACGUUCUAUGAACAUGGAAAACGACUUGAAGGGAGAACUGAAUAGAAGAAUGAGAGCAGCAUGGGCAGCAUUCGCAGUCGUCAGGGAAGCUACGGCCUAUCUUCACAGCUCCGACUUAAGAGGAAUGUCCCGUCUUCGUGACCCAGCGUAA